CAAUUGGAUGAACUACGAAGGCGUAGGAAAACGGUAGCUGGCAAACUUGAUGCCCAAGAGAAGAGAUUGAGCAAGAUGGGAUCAGAAAACAAGUCCCUUUCUCUGGCGACGGAACAGCUCACUUCUCUGCAGAAUGAACUGAGGCAACUUGAUUCAUCAAUUCUCGUCGACAUGGCUCGAUUAUCGGACCACAAACGCACAGCUUCUCAUUCAAUCAUGGUAACUAAGUUUGGCGGUCUAUUAGAACUUGGAGAAAAGUUCACGAUUAUUGGCGAACUCGGAAAACUACUUUCGAAUGAAAUUCCUCAAGAACAGACGCAGCCGGGUCAUGGGAGGGCCCCAUAUUUUGGAAGAGAAGCUGCAUCGAAUUUGGUUGCAGAGGCGGCUCGUUGCGUUAGUGAGGUUGCUUUCAACCCGAAUGCCGGGUCUGGACAAAAGCCGAGACCGCAGCGUCUUAGCGUUCAGCGCCCAGCAGGAUACCCGGAAGGAACGGGCGAAGGGCCACUGACACCCAUGCGCAGCUCAGUUGAGGGUGCAGAGAGUAGUUCGCGCUUCACCGACAAACCAAGCACUAGCUAUCUUCCUCAUCAUCAAGGCAGUUCCUCGCUAUCGGCCGCUGGUAGAGGGACCAUGCCACCUAACAGGGAGUAUGGUGCCCCGCUCGAUGAAUUCGGGCGACCAUUAGACGGGCUACCUCCCCAAGCCAAUACCAUGCCACCUCUCAGGAAUAGUGGUGGUAGUCCACCUAUCCAGCAGGUACCCCUUUCCGCAAUCCAGCAAUCGAUGCGCCACCCGGAUUCCGCUAUGCCACCACCAGGCCAGAGUGGAUUCAGACCUCCACCUCAAGAUGGUCGCUCUGGUUUCCGAGCUCCAGGGCCACCACCCGCUUUGACUGGUCCACCACAACAGCGAGGUCAGGCACCCUAUAACCAACCUGGCAUGCCUCAGUAUCCCCCAAAGCAAGGUGGCGCGACUGUCGAGCGUGGUCUCACAUUAUCUCUACCCAUACGGUCACCUGCCCCUCCAGAAUUGGAUGAAAAUGGUAGCCCAAUAUCGCCUUCAAAGCAGUCGAACGCAAGACCAUCCGGUUCAAGAAGACAGGGUACAGUUGGAGAAAAUGUUGUUUUGGCGGACGAAGCUAAUCUGAAGAGAACGUCCACACUGCCACCCAAGGUCGGUAUCGGUCUUGGCGACUUCCCAGAAUGGAGUCUUGGCCUAGGAGAGCUGGGUCUAGGAGAUAGUCCGAUUAAAGAACUCCCAGAGCCCAAGGAGGAGGGGGCUAAUGCUGCUGCUGCUCCUUCCCCUAAUCCUGCUGUCCAAGAAAGACAGGAUAUACCCGUUCCCCCUGCUAAGGAAGAGACCGUCUCUUCCGAUGGCAAGAGUCUUGCGCCUCUCUCUGCAAUUCCCAGAGGCAUGCAAUCCGAAACGAAUAGCGCUGCACAAACGCCAAUCACAGAAACCCCUACCAGUUACUCUAAAACUCAAACACCGACUGCAGGUACUCCAACGACGACAGCCAAUCCAGAUAAUAUCGUUAUCCAUCAUAUCAUAGACAACCCAAGCACAAGAACGGGAUCCAGUGGCCGCUUUGCCCAGUUCCCAGACAAGAGAAAGCAAACCACUCAACAAGGGAGUGGUGGAGAGUCUCUUCUCCCUCCUCAUCCCAAGUAUACUGCCCAUCCCGGAAUGGACAGGACGCCUUCACCAGGGCUGGGCAAUCAGGAUCUGAAGUCACUCCAGGAGACUAUCAAUAAGGAAAAGGAAAUACUUGAUAUCGCCGGUAUUGGAAUCGCUAAGCAUGUUUUAACCAGAGCUCAACGCUUGUCGAGAGAUCUUGCUGUUGGGUCAGAAGCACUAAAGCAAUGGGGAGCCGGAGAAGGAGAAGAUCUCUCUGAUCUCUGGCAUUCAGCAAUGCUUUUAACGAACCAUCUGUCGACAGCUCUCAAUACAUUCGCUGAUCAUCAGCUUUCCAUUCGAGCUCAGCUAAAGGACGUAAGAACAAAGGAAGAGCAAUUGGAUGAACUACGAAGGCGUAGGAAAACG